AUGAGGGGCUAUUCAUUAUGCCUGCGGGCCGUCCUCAUCCUAUGCAUCGUCUACUUUUUGCUCGGAAUCUUUCGGAAUUGGAAAUGGCUCCACGUAAUCGAAGCCCUUCAAAAGGAUCCGGAAGCCAGCCAGAUUAAGAACCAAGUGAUCGACGUGGAGCUGGGUACAAAUCUCGGGUCAAAGCGUACAAAAGAUCCACUAUUUACUGUGAUGCACGAGGAGCCAAAAACGAUGAGUCCUAGGGAGGCCACCGAAUUCGAGCGAAAGCAGGCGGCCGACCACGGAUUUGAACUCUUG